AUGAUGCUAGUCCGGUCGAAACGACAUGAAGAAGUGUGCAGUUACGUGAGCGGAUGCGCUCUUAGAGGUGCGCUGAAACUACCGGUUGGGAUCGGAGUAGGACCAUUGCGAACUGCAACAGCGAGUGUAUUCGGCACUGAAGCCCCUUCUGAGCGGUCUGUGUGCGCCUGGUUCCAGUGCUUCAAAGCCGGAAACAAGAAACUCGAAGAUGAGCCUCGCUCUGGUCGACCGACUGCAAUAUCUUUCGACGAACUGAAGAAUCUAGCGGAGCAGCAUUCAUAUGAAGGUGUGCGGUAUUUUGGUGCCAGUCUUGGCUGUUCGCUGUCCACCGUGAGCAAUGGACUGCGAUCUCUCAGAGUGGUGAAAAUGCUCGAAGCCGCAGAUUCGACUGACUGGACACCAUUGUCACUGGAGAUGAAAAAUGGGUCCUCUACGUCAACCACACCCACGAACGUGCAUGAAGAAGGUCAUGCUGAGCGUCUGGUGAGGAGUUCAUGGAAUCUACCAUUUCGAGCCGCUGCCGGACGACACGACAGUUACUGCCGAGGUCUACUGCGCUCAACUGCAAAGACUGGCCGAGAAGAUCCGCAAGGAGCACCCAAAGCUCAACAACGUUCCCUUGCUGCACGAUAA